AUGGGGAAACUGAGGUACAUAGUGGGAAAGGCCUGGGAGUCAAGACUCUAUUUUCAGUUCAUAUUGAUUUCCUUUGUGGCCCCAGAAGGAAACAAACAAUGGCCCCAAGGAACAGAGGCAAAGGAAAGACGGGAGGGAAACAGAAGAAAAAGAAGAUUGUGGCAGAUUGGCAAUAACCGUCUCUGUCUCGCUCACUGCAGAAAACGAAGUGGAAGAGAAAUACAGGAAAGCAGCCCUGGAAGUGGACAUCUUGAAAGAGCACCUGGCCCUCUGGCGGGACGUGGCCAGGCAGGCCAAGGCCGACGGGGAAGGACUCAAGCGAAGGCUGCUGGAGCUGGAGCUGGAGCUGGAGCUGGAGCGGACGACAAGAAGGAUAUUUAUGAAGAGAUGAUCCGACAGCACCAGGAGCUCCAGCGGCAGACUGAGACCCGCAUGCAGCAGCUGGAGACGGAGACAAAGCAGCUCCAGGAGCAGCUCGCAACUUGCCACCAGGCUACCCAGCGGGCCCAGGAGGAGGGGGAGCAGCUGCGGGGGGAGAAGGACCGGCCCAUCUCCGAGCUGCGGGGCAGAAUCGACGCCAUGGAGACAGAGUAUGAAAAGAUCCUGCACGGCAGCCUGGACCGAGAAGGACGCCACCGCCAUGCACACGGAGUACAAAGAGAGGCUGAGCGAGUUCGGACUCAGUCCCCUGGAGAUCUAGGGCCCUAGCGGUGUGCUGGGACAAGGGGCCACAUGGAGGCCCCAUCAUGGCCAAGCGCUAACCCCCCCAGGAGUGGCAGCUGGGAUGGGCGGUGUGGCAGGACCUGCAGAUAUUCUCCUUCCUGGGUGGGCUUAGUGCUAGGGGACAGAGCUGGAUCAACAGCCUUGGGGACCAGCAUCCUCUAAGGCAGCUCUGUUGACACCAGGCCCAGCUCACCUUGCCCCCCCCCUCCCCCCCCCCGCUAGCAGAACAGUUCAGCCUGUCUCCACUUUGUUCCUCGGUUUCAUUGCUGAUCCCUCCUUCCCUUCGCACACUCCCUCCCUCCCGCCCCUUCCCACAGAGCCCAGCCGGGUUCACGGCUUCUCCGAUCAGCAGCAGCUUCCCUGGCUUUUGAAAGUUCUGUUUUAAUUGUGUAAACAGAGAAGAAAAGCAGCAUGGGGGAGCCUGCUCCCACCCAGUGGGGGGAUGGGAGGAGCUGCUGGGCUGGGGGGGCGCAGAAGGAAAGGGGGUAGGUGUGUCCAGCACAAGCCAAGGGGCCAGCUCCUUCGCCAGCAGGAGUGACAGCGCCUCGUUGGGACCGUGCACGGUCAGGCCAGGUCAUGCAACUGCUGGCCCUGCUCUCUGCUCCAUCACUCGAGCCAGACACACUGCCCCCGUGGCUGGACCACCACAGAUCCUAGCUCACCAGUCCCGACAAGCAAGGGGCCAGCUUGGAUCCCCCCCCUCGCUGAGGAGCUGCGACCGAUGGGUAUCUAAAGCCCGUGUCAGAGAGAGGCCCCUGGGUGGAAACCAAGUCUCUGAUCCCUAGAAAGGUCCUUCCCAGCCAAGCUCAGCAUGAGCAGGGGAGAUGGAGAGGCUGCUGGCCAUUGUAAAAGUAAGAAUAAAAGAUACCCGCGGCGUCAACCCUGGCUGCAGCAAAAUGGACGCUUCCCAUCCCCCACGGCCUCUGAUUAGCCAUGGCUAAGCGCUCCCAGGCCUGCUUGCAAAAGACCUUCCACCAGCCACGCAAGUCCCUGGAGCCAGCCCCUCCAUGCAACUUUGUACCAGCAAAAGCUGGAUGUGAGUCAACAGGGCGCCCUUGUAGGCAAGAAGGCUAAUGGCAUAUUAGGGGGCAUUAGGAGGAGCAUUGCCAGCAGAUCUAGAGAAGUGAUUAGUCCCCUGUAUUUGGCGCUGGUGAGCUACAUCUGGAGUCUUGUGUGCAAUUCGGGGCCUCGCACACGAGAAAGGAUGUGGACGCAUUGGAGAGGGUCCAGCGGAGGACGACCAAAAUGAUAAGGGGGCUGGAGCGCAUGACGUAUGAGGAGUGACUGAGGGAGUUGGGUUUGUUUAGUCUGCAGACGAGAAGAGUGAGGGGGGAUUUGAGA